AUGGGAAAUUACAAGAGCCUACCUUUUUGUGGGCUAAAAUUUUGCAGUACCUCUAUCAAUACUGCUCAAAAAUCCACUUUGGCGUGGAAGAUUGAGAUGUUGGGUGGUACUUUCCAUAAUGAUCUUUUAUCUGAUAUAAACGUGCUUUUGGUUGGAAGCAUCGAUACCCCGAAAUACCAUUUCUGUGCGCAGAGACGUUUUGAUAUUAAAUUCAUUUUACCCGAUACAAUAAACACCAUUUAUGACCUGUGGACCCAGAACAAAGAAAUCGAUUCAUCAAUUAUCAAUAGAUUUCUUUUGAGCCCAUUUCACGGGAUGUCAAUAUGUCUUUCUAGGCUCUCCAAUGCAACUUCUUCACAGUUCCACAAAGACGUCAUUGCAAAAAUGAUCGUUGAUCUGGGGGGUAACCCCACUGAAUCUUUAACGCCCUCUCACAAGGCUGUCGUCAGCAUUGAGAAGUCAGGCAAAAGAUUUGAAAAGGCCAUCGAAUGGGGAAUCCCUGUGGUCCAUCCCAGGUGGGUUACUGAUAGCGCCCAACGAGGAGCGGUAUUACAAUGGAAGUAUUACGACAUUAGUACACUCGAUCCCGAAAUGAUAGGAGUAGGCAGCUGUCUAGUCUGGGAUAAAUUGAAUAGAUCACAAAUCGACAAGGAGUGCGUAAGGAGAGAAAAUGAUACACUAAUGGACGAUACAAAUGUCAAACUGAUCCUCCAAGCAGAACGUGCUUCAUCUGUUCCUCCUGAGUCCGCCCAGCGUGCCAAUCUUCGUCCCGCUUUGGCUCAUAGUGGUGGUCACAUGUUUGAGCGAAUUGGAUUUUACCUUUGUGGAUUCUCUGAAGACGAACAGGUGAAGUUGAUGUCCGUGAUAUCGGAUGAAGGUGGCGAGAUCGUGUCUGACACUAGUGCGGAUGUCAUAGUAGUGCCAUCUCACUACUCCUAUUCCAGUGUUCCUGCAAAUCUCAAGAAUCUUGCAGACUCGAAGGGAAUAAAAAUUGUGAAUGAGUGGUUCAUCGAAAGAAGUUUACACUAUUCAAGACUAUGCUUUGAUCAGUGGUCGGUGCCCAGAAUUCAUGCGAGUCUCGAACUGAGUCUGAAAGUUGCAUUCUCAGGUUUUGGGGGCAUAGAGCUUGUACAUGUGGAGAAGAUACUCAAAUCGCUUGGUUUUUCUCCCACUCGAACUCUUGACCAGUCCAGUGAUCUCUUGGUCAUCAACCUAACAAGCAUAGGUCUCACGGAACAACAUUACCCAAAUCUUUUUGAACAUGACCAUAAAAGUGUACUAUCUCUCCCCUGUCCGAUGGAUUUCAAAACUACUUCGUCUAAAACUAUGAAUAAGAUAUCAGCCGCCAGAUCUUGGGGAAUUCCUGUGGUGUCUUUUGCAUAUAUCUGGAAGGUAACAGAUACUGGAAAUUUGCCUCCUAUCAACGAUAAUUCUCUCUGCAUCUUUGCUCCAAAUCCGAUAGAAAAUAGGGCGCAGGUGCGGGUUUUCCACGAAGGAGGGAUGAUUGACGCCGCAAUAAAAAGCAAUACUGAAAAUGCAACAUCAGAGCGCAACAUAAUAUCCUCACUGGAUGGCUCUGUUGGAUCUGGCCUAAAUAAUGAAAAUUUUACCAAAUUGAAUCAACAUAUAGUAUCCAGAAAACGGCUCAAAUCCAUUAAGUUGGCAGGAAUGGCUUCUAAAUCACGAUUGAAAUCUUUGUCAAGUGCACAGCAUAAACAUCAGGAUGUGCAAUUUGAUCCUAGGAUUUCAAGGAGGAUAUAUGAGAUCAAAGUUUCAGAACCCCAGGUUUCAAGGAGUCGAAGAAAGAAUUGA